GGCGCUGGCGGCCCCGUCCGCUCUCCGCCUCCGCCGCGCCCUCCUCGCCCGCGAUGGGCCCCCCCGCCGCCGCCCGAGCCCUCGCCUCCCGGCCGCCGCCGCCGCCGCCGCCGCGCUCGCCGUGAAGCCCGCGCCCCCGCGCGCACCGGCCGGCCCCGCAGCCUCGCCCCCUACGGCACCGGCCGGCGGCAGAGCGCUCACGAUGCUGCCGCCCGCGCCCUCCCUGCUCGGGCUGCUGCUGCUGCUGCUCCUGUGCCCCGCGCACGUCGGUGGACUGUGGUGGGCGGUGGGCAGCCCCCUGGUCAUGGACCCUACCAGCAUCUGCAGGAAAGCGCGGCGGCUGGCAGGGCGGCAGGCUGAGCUGUGCCAGGCUGAGCCAGAAGUGGUGGCGGAGCUAGCCCGGGGCGCCCGGCUUGGGGUGCGAGAGUGCCAGUUCCAGUUCCGUUUCCGCCGCUGGAACUGUUCCAGCCACAGCAAGGCCUUCGGGCGCAUCCUGCAGCAGGACAUCCGGGAGACGGCCUUCGUGUUUGCUAUCACGGCUGCAGGCGCCAGCCACGCGGUCACGCAGGCCUGCUCCAUGGGUGAGCUGCUGCAGUGCGGCUGCCAGGCGCCCCGCGGCCGGGCCCCGCCCCGGCCCCCUGGCCUGCCCGGCACCCCGGGGCCCCCAGGGCCCGCCAGCUCCCCUGACGGCAGCGCCACCUGGGAGUGGGGAGGCUGCGGCGACGAUGUGGACUUCGGGGACGAGAAAUCGAGGCUCUUUAUGGAUGCCCGGCACAAGCGGGGUCGCGGAGACAUCCGUGCAUUGGUGCAACUUCACAACAAUGAGGCAGGCCGUCUGGCCGUGCGGAGCCACACGCGCACCGAGUGCAAGUGCCACGGGCUGUCGGGCUCGUGCGCGCUGCGAACCUGCUGGCAGAAGCUGCCCCCGUUCCGCGAGGUGGGCGCGCGGCUGCUCGAGCGCUUCCACGGCGCCUCGCGCGUCAUGGGAACCAACGACGGCAAGGCCCUGCUGCCCGCCGUCCGCACCCUGAAGCCGCCGGGCCGCGCCGACCUCCUCUACGCCGCCGACUCGCCCGACUUCUGCGCGCCCAACCGGCGCACCGGCUCUCCGGGCACGCGAGGCCGCGCGUGCAACAGCAGCGCCCCGGACCUCAGCGGCUGCGACCUGCUGUGCUGCGGCCGCGGGCACCGCCAGGAGAGCGUGCAGCUCGAGGAGAACUGCCUGUGCCGCUUCCACUGGUGCUGCGUCGUGCAGUGCCACCGCUGCCGCGUGCGCAAGGAGCUCAGCCUCUGCCUCUGACGCGCCGCCGGCCCCCCCCCCCCCGCGCCCCGAACUGCGCGCCCUUCGGCGUCUGCGGGACCUCCGGACCCCAGCGGGGACCCUGCCCAGCUUCUCCCAGGCCUCCGGAAACUGAGAGGCGGCGGGGCUGGAGGUGAAGGCCCAGGGCACCCGAGUACCCCUCCUCCCUCCGGGAUGGAGUGCUCUUGGGCCUGCUGUGGGGGAGACUAUGCAGUCGCCCUCCUGCUUUGGCCGCCUAUGGAAACCAAAGAGCCAGGCUCUAGGCCUCUGGAUGCAGGACUCCUUAGAACUGUUGGCCUCGGGGUGGGUGGGUGAGUUUAGUAUCAAUAAAGGUAUUUAAACCCA